AUGUUUAAGAACAAGCCAGCGCCAAGACUUGUAAUUCACAAAAACAUAAUUGAAAUGAUAAAAGCCAAAUCCAAAGAAAGAGAACAAGAAAUGAGGUCAAAAGGACUUGGCAACCAAGCAGAUCAACUUAGGCCUACUUCUGCAUUUAUUUGUGAAAUUUGCAAAAAACUGAAGCUUCCUAAACCUCCACAUGUAAUUUUAGAGCAAUCAUCUCAAUUCUGCGCUUGCAAUUCCUCGCUACGUAUGGUUUACAGUCCUUUUCACUCAAAUAUAGCUAAAAAAAAGCUUACCUUUCACCCUUAGUUAGGAGCGAAUAAUUAGAAAAAUCUCUCUUUUGGGAAAAUUAGCACCUUUCCUUAUAAAAUAAAUUUUUUUAAUAUUCAUUUUUUUCACAAAAAAAUAAUCCGAUAUAUAUUAGAUUAGAUUAGGCAAAUUAUUUUAAGUUCCCACUUCCAGUAUCACCAUAUAAUCCCUAGCGAUCGCUGUGGGGUAGUCGUCAAAAGACUAAAAAGCCAAGAUAGUAUCCCUUUUGAUCUGGUCAUAUGGAUUUUUCAGGUAGGCCAUUUCCAGCUUCAAAGUUACCAUUAGCAAACUCUGCUUAGCUCUGGCCAGAUCAGCCUGCACGGACACUUUUAGACCGGAGAGACUAGCCUUUAGAAUCUUGUCGAACCUGUCUUCCCCUUUUCCCCGGAUCAGCUCCGAAAGAAAAACUCAACACGUUUGCGCUUGUUCGGGACAGGCCACAAAUCAACCAAGGUAGGCAAGUCGCUCUGCCUCUAUGAGCAUCCAUUCUGGGCCUGGGCAUUACUAGCAAAAAGAUGCAAGAAACUGAUGCUCGGCGAAGCUAGUGCUGGGCCUCUCGCUUCAAGGCUAAUCCAGUCUUGGGCAACUCGCUGCAACAAAAAUCACGCCUGGAUGCACAUAAGGACACUCUCACGGAGAGGACGGGUCUCUUGUCGCUAUUCAUUUUAUAUAUAUCCGAUAUAAUUGCCUUAAGCUAAAUUUAUUGUCCACAUCUUUUAAAAACAUAAUUUUUUUAAUUUAAAUAAGAUUGCAAAUUGUAUUUUUAAAAUUCGAAAUAGAAAAUUAAAAAAAUAAACUUACUAAUUGUCUAGUGAGGAAGAAAUUAGUUGCUCGCUAACCAUUGGGGAGAGAAAUUAGCUUAACCAGCAGUUUUAACCCUUCAAUAUUAAGAUCAAGAAGCAAGCCCAUAAACUUAAAAAAUCAUUCUGAAAAAAACCUUGUGGCUACAGGUGUUAGAAUUACUACUGAGCAAAGAAAGCGGAGUAUUUCAGUGCCAGAUAGUAACAGAUUUGAAUUUACCACCCCUAUCCCUGACCUUACAUACUAUGAAACAAUUGAGCGUGAAUAUAAAUACCUAAUAUUUAAAGGAAAUAAUUCCUCACUUAUACAAAGCAUACUUAAGCUUCGUCCAAAUUGAUCAGAAGCGGAAAACGGGAGACAAAGCCUGCAAUUUAUAUGACAUCCUACAUCGGUAAAGGCUAGAUUUGAUAGACUUAUGCCUUAUCUGCCAAUUCAAGUGAUUAAUCACUUUGAAUUUCAUGCGCAGCUUAGUAAUAAAUUACUGCUAUACAAUAAUAUGGUGAAUUAUUGCAGGCUGAAAUCUAUUGACAUCACGAAGCUGAUGCCAAUUAUAUUGAAAUGCCUUUAGUGGGCGACAAGGAAACAGAUUAAAAUUUCUAUUGGGAAAAUAAAGGGAAAAUACUAUACUUUUCCUUUGAAUGUUGGAUCCAAAGAUUUCACAGCACAAAUGAGCAAAUUUAUCGGUUUUUUUAAAACUUGCUCCUCUAGUGAUAGUAAAAACUUUUGGCUUUUAAAACCUUCUGGUUUUAACAGAGGAAGAGGGAUUCAUAUAUUUAAUGAAAUUUCAACAUUAAGAAGCCUUUUAGCUGACACGCAAUUUUCUUCACAGAACCCAUCAAAGACUACAGGCCUAAUCAAAAAAUCUCCAUUCAGUACAAAAUUUGUACUCCAAAAAUAUAUAAAAUUUUCCAUAAAUUUCCUCUCAAAAUUUUCAGCUAAAAUACCUAAAAAUUCCACAUGCCAAUUAUAGAAAAAGAUAUAUAGAAAAUCCAUUACUAAUUGAUGGCAGAAAAUUUGAUAUCAGGGUAUGAGUAUUAAUUACCCACGAAUAUGACUGUUUUUUCUUUUCCCAAGGCUAUUUGCGAACAUCUUCAGAAUCCUUCACUUUAGACGAAGACAAGUUGACUAGUGAAUACAUACAUCUUACCAACAACGCCAUACAAAAAGACGGUAGCGGAUAUGGGAAAUUCGAGGCAGGAAACCAACUUCCUUUUUCAUUUUUACAAAAAUAUUUAAAUAAGCAAUUUCCUAGCAUAACCAGCCCAUUAGAAAGACUUGUAACAUCUAUGAAAGAGCUAGUUGCACAUAGCUUAAAAUCAGUCAAAGGAAAAUUAAAUCCUAACAACCGUCAAUUCUGCUUCGAAAUUUUUGGCUAUGAUUUUAUAAUAGAUUCUACUAUGAAGCCAUGACUUAUAGAAUGCAAUACAAAUCCUUGCUUAGAGCUCUCUUCUCCUUUACUCCAGCAAUUAAUACCAAGAAUGGUAAAUGAUGCGUUUAAGCUUACGCUUGACGUGAUUUUCCCUAUUAAAAGCUCAUAUUCUCUAAAUAUUCCUACUAUUGUACAUUUGCAAGAGCAUAACCAAUGGGAAUUUUUAGUGUCCUUAAAGAAAAGCAGCUGUAAUGAUUAA